UGAUAGUCCGAAAUGGUUUGUUAUUAAAGAUAGUUAUAUAGUUGAUAUACGACCAGAUACACAUGAAAUAUGUUUUCCUAUGUUAGUUGAUCGUGAUUUUCAAGUUUUCACUGGUAUUCAAAAUAUUGCUAGUAAUGAUAGUAUUAAAAUAAGCAAUUCACAGCGUACAUUAGUUAUUAAUUGUCGAACAGCACGUGAUUGUGAUGAAUGGACAAAAAAUUUAUCAAAUUUAACUGAACAAGCAAAAGAUUUUGUCAGUGAAACACGAAGUCGAUUUGAUUCAUAUGUACCUGUUCGAGCAAAUCAAUUAGCUCAUUGGUUUAUUAAUGGUAAAUCAUAUAUGGAAGCCGUUGCUAAAGCACUUUUAACAGCUAAAGAAGAAGUUUUUAUUACUGAUUGGUGGCUUUCACCUGAACUUAUGUUGAUUAGACCAGCAGAUGAUAAAACAUUUCGACUUGAUAAUAUAUUAGGAAGAAUAGCUGAUGCAGGAGUUCGUGUUUAUGUAAUGCUUUAUAAGGAAAUGCCAUUUGCUUUAGGUUUAAAUAGCUUAUAUACAAAAAGAAAAUUAGUUUCGAAAAAUGCAAAAGGAUUUAUUAAAGUUAUUCGACAUCCAAAUCAUAAUACUACGAAUGGAGUACUGUUGUGGUCUCAUCAUGAAAAAAUGGUUGUUAUCGAUCAAAAGAUUGCCUUCGUUGGUGGAAUUGAUUUAUGUUAUGGUCGUUGGGAUGAUGAAUAUAUGCGGUGA